AUGAGCAAUCACAACAACGUAGGCUCAACUGGGCCGUCUGAAGGAGGUGACAACACAUUCGAAGUCGCUGCAGAGGCAGUUGAGGAUAAACCACAAGAAGACAAGAAACCUGGUGACAAGAAGACUUAUCCUGGAUGGAGCUAUUUGGUAAAGUGGGCGGGUUUCUCGGACUCUGAAAACACAUGGGAACAUCAGGAUCAGUUCAACCAGGACACAGAAGCUCUGCUCAAGCGGUUCUGGGUCGGGACGGGAAGCGAUCAAGACCACGAGCAUUAUGAGUUCGGCUAUCGUGUUGAUGCGACAAAAGGGUGGAUUGAGGAGGAAAAAAAGCGGUUCCGAUUAAUCAAGGAAAAGGAACAGAGGAAAGAGAAAAAGAAACUUGUCAAAAAACUAGUUGACCAGAGAGAAGGCAUAAGGAAUCAAUCCAAGACUAAGGAGGCAAAGGGCAAGACAAUAGCCAGUCGGUCAGCAGAAGCUACUCGGCAGCUGCCGGCACCAAAGGCACCUGCACCACAAUUGCGGACGUCGGGCAAAAAACGCUCUGGAAACAAAUCAAAAUCCAAAUCCGCUGAAGCACCAUCUGACUCUGAGAUUCUCGCCGAUGACCCGAUGUCGGCUUCAUCAAAGCGCAAGACACGACAAAAGAGUAUGAGCUACCGCGACGACACGGAAAUGGAUGAGGAUGAAUUCUCUGAGGAAGAAUCUACCUCACCUAAACUUGGACUGAAAUGUUCUCGAAUAUCUCAGGUCAAGUCCGCAUCUCCAGUAGAAGAAGACAAUGCACACACAAGACGCCAGUCUCUCAGGGAAAAGAUCGCGGACAAGGCGAGAGAUAGCGCGAUUCAUAAACUGCAAGAAGGCAGAGCCCGUCAUAAGAAUAUGGUGGAACACCCCGCGGAGCAUCAUGAUCCGCAGUCAACGGCGACCUCUGUUCAACCGAAGGAAAAGCGGACAUUUGCUCAACCCACUCGUUUGUGGAGCAGCAAUAUAGCGCCGAAGCAAGCGCCAGCUGAGGCUCCUGCUAGGGCGGUUUCGCCAGAGGACGCUACACCGGAAGUUCUUACAAUUCCGGUCGGGGUCGAUGGGAGGGAUAUGAAGGAUCUAUUCGGAGAUUCUCCCCCGGCGUCUGAUACUGAACCCGCUCCGGACGAUCAAGCGAAAGCAGCAGAUCAGACAACGACCCCGAAAACCGCUGGUCCGAAGUCAUGGAAAGAGAGUCGAAUAAAAUUCUAUGAGCCUCAGGUCAACAAUCCAGCGCAAGCUCCUGAGAACGAGGGUGGCGUGUCACACCCACCGUUCACUGCAAGACAAAAAAUCAUUUCCCGCUUAAUGGGUACAAGUGGAGAAGGACCGGAUGACACCACUUUGGAGGAUGCCACCGCAGAGGAUGGAGUCAAGCUAGAAGAAACGCUGCCUGAUUACGAUGAGGGCGACAAUCCCCUACCAGUUCAUGACGAUUUACCAGUAAUCAAUCAGGUACGAACCACGCACGAGUCGCCACAAGCCGCUGGUGGUCAUCCAGUAACACCUGACGAUGUAUCUGACGUGCCAACAAAGCAAUUACCGCAACAAAUUGUGGAUCUUACCAAUAUCAGGAGUGAUCAACCAGAACCCGUCGAGCUUAUGGACAGUAGUGACAUAGAUGAGCGUGAAGGAUGCCUUGAUCGUGACGCGAUGGAGGUGGACGGUGGACAACAACGAGGAGUAUCCAACGUUGCGGGCGCAACAUCUUCCGAAAACUUCUUGGUCACUAUAUACUCGGGGGAAGAAGUCAUUGCUCAGGUGAAACUCGCCCAGGUGUCCGCCGGACGAAAACUUGCUCCCAAGUUGACUUUCCUGAUUCGUGACCACCGCCUUGACAUAGUCUCCUUCUAUAUGAAACCAGUUAUUCUCCGGAUGCUGGAGCAUGCGAAGGUUUUGCAGACGGGUCUGUUUGUAGUUUCCACUGGGCAGACGACCGACGGUGCCAACUCUCUUUUCUCAAAUUUUGUCCACUGGCUACGUGAUCUCAGCGUGGUGGCUGGCGCCUAUGUCGAGCAGACAAACGAGAAAAAGAAACGGGUGAUGCUUUUAUUCCAUUCGAGUAACUUCGAAGUGGCACAAACUUGUCAAGUCCCUCCGUGGAAAUCUUGGGAUGGAAUCAUUAUCGCUGCGGUGGAACUUCCGGAUACUGCAGCUUGGAGUCGAAAUAUUGAUGUUAUUUCAGCUGGGCAGGGCACGAAGGCAUCAGUAGGCAAUACUGGUGCCGUGUCGUACGCGAUCGAGAAGUUGUUAUUCCCCAGAACCGUCCUUGAGAACGACAUGAAAGGGAAGGCGUACUGCAUCCUGCCUGAUCUAACUAACAGCGACCCUUUUCUUACGGAGGACUUGCGGAGUCUCGAAAGUGCAUUAGGACACUUCCGCGCUUCCUCUCGACGACUGGGCGAAAUCAUAGAUCAAGAGGCCUUUAUCUUCAUUCACCGGAAGACCAUGCGUGUGGUGGGGUUUGGGGACCAGAUGGAGGAACUCAUUCGGGUGCGAAAAUACCCUCGGGUGUACUUCUAUUGCAUUGGCCUGGGCGACCCGCUGCAUAAUGAUCCAGUUACAGAAGCACAACCCCGGUUGAUCUCGAUUGGAGGUGGCAUCGUGACCUUUACCCCACAAGCCCUGCUCGAGGAUCCUUUGGCUGUUGUCCAACUCGUGAACGACUUGAGCAAGAUGCAAGGGUGGCAAUGUUACAUCAUUCCCCCUGUACUCGCAGCCAUCCAGGACUUCAAAGACCCUCAAAACGAGCGGCAGACAUGGGCAUUGGUCACAUUGAUUCUGGCAACAAGCAAGACGGAAGAUCGCCUAAUUUUAACCGAGUCCAUGGACCGCAUUCUGCAGCGUCUACGCGCCAAGCAAGAAACCACUGUUCAGACAACAGAACAACCACUUAAUGAGAAUCACCUCUUGGAAGAGAUGGCAUACAUGUGGACGGUGGGCCAGUUUCAGCUUCUGGAAGCUGAUCCUGGCAAAUUGCUCGACUUGUGCCGAGCGGUCGCAACGGAAGGAAAACCAUCAAUUGACAUGAACGACGUGAUCAAGAAUGUGUUCGAAGACAUGCUGUCCAUGCAGUCGCAACCCAAGCUUCUCGAAUCAUAUCGACGUUUUGUUGUGAUCACGUCUGCUGGUCGAGAAGGACGAGACACAUAUCAGUAUAGGCUCGACUGUUGCACAGUAUCGGAGUUUUGGUCCAGUGCCAAAGCGACUUUUGCGAGAGAACAGGAGCUCGCCUUUGUGCAAACCCCCCCUCUUGAAAACAUGGACCUCGAUGAAAUGUGA